AUCACCCACUCGGCCUAGUCGCGCGUUCAACGUUCCGCGCAUCGGUUGUCGCCGCCUUCCAAUCGCAUUAUGUGUGCCCAACUGGAGAGCCAUGGUGGCAGUGAAAGUAAUAACAAUUGCGUCAAGGAUGUCAGGCUCCUGCUGCUGCCAGAGAACUCUUCGGAUUCGGAUGGCAAUCCGGCGAGUGUCGUUUCCAGCGCGGAAUCGCACAAGAAAUCCAUUGAUGACCUGACACAAACCAUUGGCGUGGGCCAUGUGAGGAGGAAGCGAUUGUGGCGGGUGCCCUGGUUUAUUUUGCUGAUGAGUUUUAUGCAGAUAUCAUUGCACUGGCUAGCUGGAGAGUGUGUGCAAAAACUACUGAUCUUCAAGCCGGAGUGGAGCGGCGAGUACUGGCGACUACUGACCUACAUGCUGCUCCAUUCCGAUUACUGGCACCUGACUCUCAACAUUUGCUUUCAGUGCUUUAUAGGUAUCUGCCUGGAAGUGGAGCAGGGUCACUGUCGCCUGGCCGUGGUCUAUAUGAUGGGUGGCGUUGCCGGUUCGUUGGCCAAUGCCUGGCUGCAGCCCCAUCUCCAGCUGGUGGGGGCCUCCGCCGGGGUCUAUGCCAUGCUGGGAAGUCAUGUGCCGCACCUGGUUCUGAACUUUUCGCAAUUGUCGCAGCGCUUCGCCCGCGUCGCCUCCCUCUUGAUUCUGCUCCUCAGCGAUGUGGGCUUCACAACUUACCACUUCUGCCACAAUCACAAUCGCAAUCCGCGGACCAGUCUGGAGGCCCAUAUUGGAGGGGGCGUGGCCGGACUUGUGUGCGGUUUUAUCAUCUACCGACGCCUGCAGCCAUCAAAUCAAAAGGCCAUUUACUCUUAGUCUCAAUUAAGAUAGUUCAUUUCACAUACAAAUAAUAUUUAAUUUAAUUUACAUUUAAUGUAUAGCAAAAAGCUGAUUUAAAGCAACUUGAAGGCAGUUACUUUAAUCUUAUCUUAUCUU